AUGUUGCAGUCCGAGGUCGACGCAAUCUUUAACGCUUUUGACCAGAACAAGGAUGGUGGCCUCUCGCGCGAGGAGUUCGAGAAGGCCCUGGCUGCCCACAGACUUCAGCAGGUGAUCCCCGAGCCAGCGGCAGUCCCGGUCUACGGACCACCUCGCACCGCGCCUGGUGCGAUCCAAACGGAGGUGCAUGCAAACAUGCCGGUGGCGGACACUUUUAACAUGGGCGUUCCUGUCUACCAAGCGCCGACUGUUGCCCCAGUCUAUCGACCAACGGCGAUUCAACAGCAGCUGCAUCAUGCGCAGUAUGCACAGCAGCAUGCACAGCAGCAAGCGCAGCAGCAAGCGCAGCAGCAAGCGCAGCAGCAAGCGCAGCAGCAAGCGCAGCAGCAAGUGCAGCAGCAAGCGCAGCAGCAAGCGCAGCAGCACACUCAGCAGCAAGCGCAGCAGCACACUCAGCAGCAGGCCCAACAGCAGUAUCAACGGCAGCAGCAGCCGCCGCUUGUCACUUACUGUGGCAUGCCAACGUUGCAGCCAUCAGCCGCAGCACCGCCAGCUCUGCAGACAGCACCACAGGUGCAGCAUGUGCCGCAAGUGACACCGCAAGCACAGCCCGCCCACACAGUGCCAGUCAUGCAAGCACCGCAAGGUCAACACCUGCAGCCUCCACAGGCCCAGACCGUGCCGCAGAUGCAGCCGGUGCAGCAGCCAGCACAGCCAGCGCAGGCGGCGCAGGCAGCGCAGCAGUGGCCAGCAGCACCUGCAGAGCCGGUUUCGCUGCCACAGUCCCAGCAAGUGCCCCAAGGCAGCCCAGCACCGCAGCCUUCGGUUUAUCGGCGCGUCGAGACGUCCUCCAAUGAGCGCACCCCAUCCCCGGUCCGCGUGGUGAGUGCUCCGCACCCGAUGCAGGUGCAGUUUCAGUGGGCCCAGAACGAUGCCCUCAUCCGGAGCAUCCCGUCAGGACGCAGUUCCAUGAAUGGGGCAGUGUCGGUGGCGACGCCGACGAACGCUUUCAGCUACCUCUUCCAAUCGCAGCACGCGCAGUCUCAGCGUCUGGACUAUUUGCAGCAUGAGAUGGCGGAGAUGAAGCAGAUGUUGCAAAUGGCGCUUGGAGGGCAGAGGACAGUGACGGCUCCUCCAAUGGCGGAGCCGCAAGCAGGCACCUUCGAAGCGAUGGUGCCAGCCAGCACCCUGGACAUGACCCGUGAUGCAGUGCCGAACCGCGAGGACAUCGACCAGGCCAAGAGGAAGAUCAUGGAGCAGGCCCGGGCUCAGACCCGCAUGACUGCGGUGAAGACUACGUUCGAGCCAAUGCACUACGCGCCGAGCAGCGUCUCGCGACACACCUGGGCAGUGCAGGAAGACUUCGCGCAGGCAAAGCGGCCUCCGAUCGUGAGCGCGAGGAGCAGCUGCAAGAUGUCCGCCGCGGCGAAGUUACAAAGGCUUUUUGCGAGGGUGUUUCGACGAUGUACGAAACUCUGCACCAGAUGA